GGUUGAUAUUGAUUCAUUUGGGGUUGUAGGUGCAAUGAUCACGUCCCAAAGACGCAGACUACUUGUAGGCGUCUGAGUUUUAACUGUUGUAAAAUUGUAGUUCACUGUUACAAAUUAAGAAAAAAGCAGAUAGUUGUUAGUUGCUGAAAAGUCAAAGCAAAAUGAGGAAAAGGACCAGUGACCGUGACGAUGUUUCCAAAUCGUCAGGCUCCAAGGUCCAACCUGUGGAAGUUGCCUCAUCAAGUGUGAAACUCUCCAGCUGUUGGUUGUGGUUUAAAAGAGGUUUAUUGGCACUUGUUGUUUUAUACAUUUCCGUGCCUUUUAUGUUGCGACUAUCCCCUGACUUUCUGACACAUAUAGUAUAUUCCCACAGAAUCAGGGUCCCAUUCUUAACUGAUCUCAGCCAACCUGCUGACCUUUCUCUAAAUCAUACUGUGAACCUGUACCUUUCACCUGAAGAAGGAGUAUCACUGGGUGUAUGGCACACAGUUCCUGAAAAUCAGUGGGAACAGGCUCAGGGGAAGGACUUGGACUGGUAUCAUAGCUCUUUGGGAGGUGGAAGUCCAAUUGUUAUUUAUCUACAUGGAAAUGGAGGUACAAGGGCAGCAAGUCACCGUGUGGGACUAGCUAAUGUUCUGAGUGCAGUAGGUUACCAUGUUCUGGCUUUGGAUUACAGAGGAUUUGGAGAUUCCUCAGGGAAACCCACUGAAGCUGGACUGACUACUGAUGUCCUUCAUUUGUAUCAGUGGGUGAAAGCUCACAGCGGUAGCAGUCUGGUCUUAAUUUGGGGACAUUCCCUUGGCACUGGAGUGGCCACAAACACUGCAGUCAAACUAAUGGAACAUGGGGUGGUGGUUGAUGGUGUGAUUCUUGAGGGUGUAUUCACAAAUAUUCGACAGCAAGGUGCCCAUCAUCCUUUCACCUGGUUUUACUGGAGGUUUCCAGGCUUUGAUUACUUUUUUCUGGACACAUUGUCAAAGAACAAUGUUAUCUUCCCUAAUGAUGAGAAUUUAAAAAAAAUCCUUAGUCCUCUAUUAAUUCUUCAUGCGGAAGAUGAUCACAUAGUCCCUAUCCACAUGGCUGAGAAGCUGUAUCAAAUAGCGCAGAGUAACCAGAACUUAAAGAAUCAAGUCAAAAUGGUACCAUUUAGUGGAUCCCUUGGGUAUAAGCACAAUGGAUUAUACAAAGACCUUCACCUGCCAGACAUAAUUCGGGAAUUUGUUCUGUCACUGCACCAGUAAUUCACCAGUGAAUACACAAGACUCAUCAGACAUCACGAUUCAGGUGAUUUCAGGACACUGCCUGUGAAAUAUUGCUGCACGAUUUUAGACUACUAGGCAACCCCUAUGUAUCAGUGUCAUUGAUCACCAGAUUA